AUGUCGGAGACUGAUUCGUCAAUGUCGGAAAUAGCGGCAAUGAUCACAAUCAUUCGCUGCUCGGAGAACUACGGGCUAUGGAGUAGAUCGAUGAGAAUUGCACUUUUGGGGAGGAAGAAAUUAGGUUUUGUCACUAGUAGUUGCAGCAGGAGUGCGUAUGAAGGAGAACUAUUAGCACAAUGGGAGACUUGCAAUGCUAUUGCUCUCUCAUGGAUUAUGAACAAUGUGGCACCAGAAAUUCUAGGUGGAGUCGUGAAAACUGAUAGAGAUAGGGUGCAUCUCCCUACUGGAGAACAGGCUGAUAUUACUCACAUUGGUAGGGCAGCCUUAUUAGAUAAGAGAAAGAUUAAAGAUGUGCUUUAUGUUCCCAACUUCAAGUUUAAUUUGCUCUCAGUAGCAAAGCUAACAAAGGAGCUGAAAUGUGAAAGGAUUGGUAAAGAGAGAGGAGGCUUAUAUGUGCUUAGAGGACUGGCUAACAUAAUAAAGGCACUUAAUGCUAUAGGCAAGGCAAUCAAAGAUUCAUGUGAAAUACGGCACAACAGGCUAGGUCACCCAUCCUCAUCAUUAAAAUCUGAAGCAGUAGUGGAAAUAAAACAGUUCAUUACCAUGGUUCAAAAUCAGUAUGGUAUUGUGAUUAAGAUGAUAAGAUCAGAUAAUGGAUCUGAAUUCUUUAAUGCACAAUGUUCAGAGCUGUUAACAGGUCUUGGUAUAAUUCACCAAAGCAGCCGCCCUUAUACUCCACAGCAGAAUGGCAUAGUUGAGAGAAGGCACAUAUAUAUACUUGAUACUGCUAGGGCUUUGAAGUUUCAGGGGGCAAUUCCAAUUAGAUACUGGGAAAUGUGCGUUAAAACAGCAGAAGUUCCUCAAAAUGUGGAGGAAAUGGACAUUGUUUAUGCAGGUACACAAAGUAACGGACAUCAAGAAGGUGCAGAAGCUCCAAAUAGUAGGCAGGAAGAUGCAGGUGACAAGAACUUAAAACAUGACAGAAAAUCCACAAGGCAAGUUAAGGAGCCAAUAUGGAUGAAGGAUUAUGUCACAACAAAGAAGACAACCGGCUGCACCUAUCCCAUUUCAAACUACCUGACCUAUGAUCAUACUAGUACAAGUUAUCAAUGCUAUUUGGCUAAGUUCUCUCAACUAACAGAACCACAGACAUUCAAGGAAGCAGUAAAGGACAACAGGUGGAUAAAGGCUAUGAAGCAAGAAGUAAAGGCAUUGGAAGAUAACAACACAUGGGAAAUAGUGAAAGUUACUAGAAGUCAAAGGGAAGGUUUGGACUAUCAUGAUACUUUCUCACCAGUGGCAAAAAUGGUCAUUGUGAGAUCUCUCAUUUCUUUAGCUGCAUCAAGAGGUUGGAAUCUAUUUCAAAUGGAUGUUUAUAAUGCAUUCUUACAAGGAUAUCUAAAUGAGGAAGUGUACAUGGAGUUUCUUGAAGAUGAUCUCCUUAUCACAGGAAGUAGCUCAGUCCUAAUCAAGAAAGCUAAAGACAUACUACAUCAAAGUUUUAAGGUGAAGGAUCUAGGAGAACUCAAAUACUUUCUAGGCAUUGAAGUCAUGAGAUCUAGGAAUGGAGUGUUGCUGAAUAAAAGGAAGUAUAUAUUAGGAUUAAUCUCAAAAAUGGGUUUAAGUGCAGCUAAACCUGCAAGUACACCAUUUGAAGUGAAUUCAAAGUUAACACCAAUGGAGUAUGAUCAAACAAAUGGAGUUACAGGAGAUCCACCUCUACAUUAUAAUUAA